AGCGCGGGAAAUCCCGAGCAUCUGGAAUCCCGCGUGCCGUGGGGACCAUGGCCACCUCCUCGGUGUCCAAGGGUUGCUUUGUGUUUAAGCCAAACUUCAAGAAAAGAAAGACCUCUGUGCCAAUAGAUGAAUAUUUUAAUAAAGGGAAAAAUGAGUCUGAGGACAGUAAGCUUCGAUUUGAAACGUAUCAGUUGGUAUGGCAGCAGAUGAAAUCUGAAACUGAGCGACUGCAAGAGGAAUUAAAUAAAAACCUGUUUGACAGUCUAAUUGAAUUUCUGCAAAAGUCUCAUUCUGGAUUCCAGAAGAAUUCACGAGACUGGGGCUAUCAAAUAAAACUAAGAGAAAUUCCAACUGCUGCUCUUGUUCUAGGAGUGAAUGUAACAGAUCAUGAUUUAACAUUCAGAAGUCUAACAGAAGCCCUUCAGAAUAAUGUCACUCCAUAUGUAGUUUCAUUGCAAGCUAGAGAGUGUCCAGAUGUGAAACAUUUUUUACAAAAGCUGGUCUCACAGUUAAUGGACUGCUGUAUAGAUGUGGAAUCCAAAGAGGAGGAAAAUGUUCAGAUCCCCCAGAAAAUGACACAUUGUUCAGUGGAUUCUCUUUCCAGUUGGUAUAUGAAUGUCACACAGAAGACAGACCCAAAAAUGCCAGGGAAAAAGAGGACUUCUUCUAGCCAGUGGCAGUCUCCUCCUGUUGUGCUUAUCUUAAAGGAUAUGGAAAGCUUCACCACAAAAGUACUCCAAGACUUCAUAAUUAUCAGCAGUCAACAUCUACAUGAAUUUCCACUAAUACUUAUUUUCGGAAUUGCCACAUCUCCUAUUAUCAUCCAUCGGUUGCUUCCUCAUGCAGUGUCAUCUCUAUUGUGUAUAGAACUGUUCCAAUCUUUGUCUUGCAAGGAGCACCUGACUACGGUUCUUGAUAAGCUACUUCUUACAACUCAGUUUCCCUUUAAACUAAGUGAAAAAGUAUUGCAGAUUCUGAUCAACAUCUUUUUGUAUCAUGAUUUCUCAAUUCAGAACUUUAUAAAAGGACUUCAGCUUUCUCUGUUAGAGCAUUUCUGUUCCCAGCCCCUCAGUGUUCUGUGCUGUAAUCUCCCAGAAGCCAAGAGAAGAAUAAAUUUUUUAUCAGAUAAUCAAUGUGAAAACAUCCGACGUCUUCCAUCAUUUAGGAGGUACGUGGAAAAGCAAGCUGCAGAAAAGCAAGUUGCACUAUUGACCAAUGAGAGAUUUUUGAAGGAGGAAACACAGUCAUUACUAGAAAACCUGCAUGUUUACCAUACAAAUUACUUCCUGGUUUUGAGAUGUCUUCAUCAGUUCACCUCUUCUCUUCCCAAGUGCCCAUUGGGUCGACAGAUCAGAGAGCUGUACUGCACAUGUUUAGAGAAGAACAUAUGGGAAUCAGAGGAGUAUGCAUCGGCCUUGCAGCUGCUAAGGUCUUCUGAAAAGCAGCUUGGCAACACAGCAAAGAGAAUAGAGGGGUUCCUGGCCCAGUUUCAGAGCCUUGAUGCACAAGCUAACGAGGAAGAAGAUACUUCGGGGUCACAGUCAAAGGGGCUGCAGAAGACAGACCUCUAUCAUCUUCAGAAGGCCUUAUUGGAAAUGAAGGAGUUAAGAAGAACAAGUAAGAAGCCAACCAAGUUUGAAGUACUUAGAGAAAAAGUUGUGGACUUCAUUGACAGUCUGGUGAGAGAACACCUCCAGCCUCCAGAGACGCAGCCUCUGCACGAGGCGCUGUACUGCAGCGCUGCCCACACCCUCCGCGAGCGCCUGAACGCUGCUCCCCGCAUGGCUCUCCACACCGCGUUGAACAAUCCCUAUUAUUAUCUCAAGAAUGAAGCACUGAAAAGUGAAGAAGGCUGCAUUCCCAACGUCGCCCCCGACAUCUGCAUAGCAUAUAAAUUGCACCUAGAGUGCAGCCGGCUCAUCAACCUUGUGGACUGGUCAGAGGCUUUUGCAACAGUUGUGACAGCUGCUGAACAAAUGGAUGCAAAUUCUAUAACCUCAGAAGAAAGAAAUGAAAUUAUCCAUGCUCGGUUUAUUAGAGCUGUUUCUGAACUACAACUUUUAGGAUUUAUAAAACCUACCAAACAGAAGACUGACCAUGUGGCAAGGCUAACGUGGGGAGGCUGCUAGAAAGCAAAUGAAUGAAGCCAGAAGGAUCACACUUAGCUUAAGAGACCAUACUUUCGUAUCACUAGAGGAAGACUUUUGGAGAGGAAGAAAUUCGUAAUCCCUAUGUGAUGUUUAACCAGAAAGUAAACUGCUAACCCCAAACAGGAAUGGAUCAAAACAUCUUUGGAGUACUUUACAGUCCAACAAAUAACAUGCUUAACGUUGUAACUAAAACUUCACAUUAUCACUGUAUCAUUAAUAAAUUUGUUCCUGAAUGUAGUGUGUAAAUGUAAUACAUUCUCUUAUCCAGGAGUAUAGAUUAUUUGCAGUUGAUUUAAUAGUACUCAUUUCUGCUCCAAAAGACAUUUUGGGAAAAAUCUGAUAUGGACUGGAUGUUAAAUUAGGGAAGUACUGUUUUAAGUAGGAUAAUGGUACCUAAGAUAUAUAGAACCAUCUCAUUUUUAGGAGCUGCAGCUUGUAUAUGUUCUUCGAAACAGUUAAAUAUAUACACAUAAAGCAAGUAUGGUAUAGUAACUAAGUGCAUCAUUGGACUGUUCUUUCAACUUUUCAGUUUUAAAGAUUUCCUGAUUAAAAAGUUAGUGUAAAAAAGGUGGGGGAGAUUGGAAGUUUAGAAAAUUGAGUUUGCUCUAAAGGUUGUAGAGCAGAAAAACAGGGUAAUGAAGCGUACUGUGUUUCCCCGAAAAUAAGACCUAGCCAGACAAUCAGCUGUAAUGCGUCUUUUGGAGCGAAAAUUAAUAUAAGACCGGGUCUUAUGUAAGGACAGAGAAUUGCUGGUGCCAUGUCUUAGUAGACUGGGACAGGCUAUUAGGUCCCUUAGCAAAUAUUCACUUAUUAACACCAAUUACUGUGUAAUUUUGAAGGGAGUAAGAGAACCUAGUGACAAUCACUUCCAACCCUAGCUCCUUGGAUCACCUAAGGAGCAUAUUAAACAGAUUCCAACAGUCUUCCCUUCCCCCAUCUUCUAAAGCAGUCUCGGGGGGCAGAACCUGGGAUCUUUCCUAAAAGUUCUCCAGUUAAUAUUCCUGAUGCAAUAAAUGUGUCAUUUGGAAACCAUUUUCUAUAGGGAUGUAAGUUCUUGCCAUUGGCCAAAGAUGGCUUUGAUAUUUUAAACCUCCAAUACAUUUUUCUCAGAUUGCCUAUGCUUAUUUUUUCUCAAAAAUACAAAGAAUUACACCUGGCAAUGUGCCCUUGUUAGUCAGGGGUUUAUUGAACACAUCACAGUAACCAAAGGGCUGUACCAUAUCAGCACUUGUCUUUUAGUAAAAGAAUGACAACUGUUUAUUAACAGCAAUUCUAGGGAUCUUUGGGAAUUCAGAAUCCCUAGGCAGCUAAUAGUCUUCCUUAUUGAGAGGUCAAGGGUGGUUGGUAUUUGGACUAGAGUCAUCAACUAUUGAGUACAUCUAAUUAUAAUUAAAUCCAAGAAGUUACCCACAUUUCUUUUUUCUGGAAUUACCUCACACACUACUUAAAAUCAGUGAGUAGCCCAUGGCUAGGACUUUUUGGUAAGGUGAUAAGAAAUUUGGCUGUGGAGGAAAGUCUUGAUCAAAGUUGAACCUAGAAUUAAAACUAUACUACAGGCAUACCUUGUUUUAUUGUGCUUUGCUUUAUUGCACUUCCCAGAUCCUGCGUUUUCACCAACAUCGAGGCAAGACCCUCUGUCAGCAGCAAAAUGAGAACUCACGAAGGCCCAGAUGAUUAGCAUUUUUUAGCAAUAUAGUAUUUUAAAAUUAAGGCAUGUACAUUAUUUUAGACAGUACUAUUGUACACUAAAUAGACUACAGUAUAGUGUAAAUGUAACUUUUAUAUGCACUGGGAAAUCAAAAAAUUUAUGUGACUCACUUUUAUUGUGAUACUUUAUUGCAGUGGUCUGGAACGGAACCCACAAUGUCUCCAAGGUAUGUCCGUGCCUGUGGCUCCAUUCAGAUUGGUUUCCCUGUUAGUGUACCUUGUAUAAAAACCAGUUCUUUUAUAAAUGUAAAUGUGAAUAUUCACACAUGCUCACUUAAAAGAAUGUUCAUUAUUAAACCUUUACUGGGGGUUCAGAAGGGAUACAAUGUACUUACAUUCUCUCUACUCCCACUCCUUCAUACUUCAACUUACAACUUGCAUUUUCCUAAAAAUGCUAUCCCACUAUACCAGUAGUUCUCAGCUGAGUACUGUUUCCUCCCAUUUGGCAGUAUCUGGAGGUAUAUUUAGUUGUCACAAAUGGGGGGGAAGGUGCUACUGGCACCUAGUGGUAGAGGCCAGAGAUGCUGCUGAGCCUCCCACACUGCACAGGACAGCUCCACAGCCAGGAAAAUCUGGCUCAAAUUGUCAACAGUGUUGAGGUUGAGAAUCUGUAUUAGGCCAAUAAAACCAGGUAGAAUUAUCCACCGUAUUUAUGGCCACUCUGUUAUACCAGUGUUUCUCAAACACUUAACUGGGCACAUGAAUUAUUUGAGGAGUUUAUGAAAGCCCUAUACCUCUUUUUGGCCUUGUUUUAAACAAAGAAUUGAGAUAUAAUCACCAAAGUUAAAAAGGAAAAAUCAUUUUUCUUUCUUCCACAAAUUAGGUCAAUUAUAAA